AUGUCGGUAGUAGAAGAAGUUUACGCGGAGGGUCGGCGCAGUAUUCAGAAGGCGCGGUCUUCGCAAGCGCCGCGGUUUCAUCCCAGCACAGGCAUCACCAUCAAUGAGCCAAAGCGUUUCUUUAUGCUCCUGAUCGGCGUCUACGCAUGCAUUUGCACGUCCAUCAGCUACGUGUACAACCUUUUUUCUGGCCAACUUCAAGAGAAGUACAACUUCUCUCAGAAGCAAAUGUCUGUUAUUACAACCAUGUCUAGUAUUCUUGGCCUCGUUGUCUUCCCUCUGGCAGGGCUAUACGACUACUACGGCCCGCGGCCGCUCUUCAUGAUCGGCAUGAUAAUUUUACCCCUUGGCGGAGUUCUCUUUGGACUGGCCUUCAGCGAUGCUGUGGACGGCAGUGUCGUGCGCUUCACAAUCUUCAGCGCUUUCCUCGGUAUCGGUACAUCCAUGUUUGACAUUGCGGGUCUCAUGACUAUUCUGAGUGUGUUUCCCAGCAGUCGCGGAGCUGUGAUUGCCGUAAUGAAAACGUUCAUCGGCCUUGGCUCUGCCAUCUUCGGCGCUAUCCAGCUGGGCUUUUUCGAGAAGAACAUCACCGGGUUCUUCUACUUUCUGGCGGCAUUUGCCGCCGUUGUUGGGUUUCUGUGUGUCCUUUUCGUGGAGCGGCCGCCGUAUCAGCUGACGGGCUACGAAGAGAAAUACCUGACAGAGGCAGAGAAGGCAAAAAAGCUGUCCACGAAGAAGGCAUACUUGGAGAAGGUACCUUCUCCACGCCGCUUUAAGUAUGGCUUUGUGCUUGUUGCCCUUCUCAUUGUUCUUCUCCCCAUGCAGAGCACCGUUGUGGCCUACAAGAAGCUAGGACACGUCUACAAAGUCGCCUUUGCUUUGAUCACCGUCGGCAUUAUGGCACUCUACUGUAUCAUCGCCAUUCCGCUUCGGUGGCUGGAUGUGGGCAGCACCAACAUUAUCGAGCAGCUGCCUGAGGAGAGCGAGGCUCUGGUGGCGGGGGCCGCUGCCGCAUCGGACCACCGCAUGACAGCUUCUCAGCGCCUCAGCAUGCGCAUCAACACGACGCGCACGAGCAUUGCAGAGCAAGCCAUUUUCAAUGCAGCCAGCAUCGACGAGUCUGCCCACAUUGCGCCGCAGUACCAGACAUCCUUCUUCGAAAGCGUCUGCACACUGAAGCUGUGGGCCCUCGCCUACUCUCUGUUCUCUAUCAGUGGCACCCAGAUGGUCAUCAUUGUCAAUGCCCGCUUUGUGUACGCCGCCGCCUCUGAGACGCACGUGACUCCAGAGGUUGCCUCUCUCCUCACCAUCUUCAACGGCGCUGGCAGUGCGGUGGGGCGAAUCCUCAUGAGUAUCUUCGAAGUAUGGACGCAGAAGCGCAAGCCUGAGGAGCGCAUCCCGCUCACUAUUGCGCUCUUUAUCCCAUCGCUGAUUGUUCUCGCGGCGUCCCUCAUGCUUCUUUUUCUGCAGAAGGAGUGGCUCUUGAUCUCGUUUGGCCUGACUGCGCUGGGCAACGGCUUCUCUGCGGCCUCCAUAGUGCUUGUAAUGCGGACCCUGUACGCGAAGGAUGUCGCGAACCACUACAACUGCAUGUCCCUCUCCUCGCUCGCCGGCUCGGUGCUGCUAAACCAAAUGCUCUACGGGAACUGGUACACAAAGGAGGCAAAGAAGCAGGACAGCAACAUUUGCAUUGGGCGGCAGUGCAUCUUCGUGCCCUUCGCUAUCAUGAGCGGCCUGCUCUUUACUAGUCUCUUCUCCGACUUGUAUGUUCACCUUCAAUACAAGAAGUUUUGCGACGAGGCGCUUGCAGCGCGUGCGCAACUCCGCGGCGCGCGUGCUAGCAUCCCCCAGUCCAACGAACCUGACGUCCUGGAUGAGCGUGAGCCGUUGCUGUCCUCGACGAACUGA